UUCUUUAUUAUAUGCAUCUGGUCUGGUCGCCGACGUUCGCCCGUUCGUUCUCCUCGGAGAUGGGUUCGAUCGAGCGAACGAGGAAGAGGAAUCCGCUCUGGAAGAAGGCGAUCGCCCACUUCGCCCUCUGCUUCGUCAUGGGCUUCUUCACCGGAUUCGCUCCGGCAAGCACCGCCACCAUCUUCUCCGGCAGCGCCGCCGACCGCCUCCCCGGCCGCAGCAUAAGCAUCCUCCCCGCCGUCUCCUCCGACCUGGUGGAGCGCGUGGUCGGGGCGGACGCGUCCGCUAACCGGAAGGUGGCCGGGGUCCCGAGAUCCAUCCCCGCCGACACCAUCGGCGCCCAUAGCGGCGACGAUCCGCCUCCUCCCUCGAAGGAGGCGGCGGAGCGAGAGGCCGUGGCGCCGUCGCGGCGGCUUAUUAUUGUCGUGACGACUACCCAGUCCGAAGAACGGUUCCAAGCAGCGUUCUUGCGGCGAUUGGCGUACACCCUUCGCCUGGUCACGCCGCCGCUCCUGUGGAUCGUAGUCCAGGCUCACGCCGAUGCUCCUGCUACGGGGGCGAUGCUCCGGGAUACCGGGGUCAUGUAUCGGCACCUGACCUUUAAGGAGAAUUUCACGUACCACGAGGCAGAGGUCCACCACCAGCGCAACGUCGCCCUAAGCCACGUUGAGGACCAUCGGCUAACAGGGAUAGUUCAUUUUGCGGAUGCAUCCAAUGUCUAUGAUCUCCAAUUCUUCGAUGAAAUCAGAGAGAUCGAGGGUUUUGGGACUUGGCCGGUAGCAAUAGUGUCAGAAAACCGAAUGAAAGUGCUGGUCGAUGGUCCUAUUUGCCAUUCGUCAAGGAUUGAAGGUUGGAUUUUAAAGGACUUGAGCAAUGACAAAAGAUUGUCGUUGUCUAGUGCAGAUGUGAGAGCUAAACCUUCAAAGAUAAACAUUUCUGGUUUUGCCUUCAACAGUUCAAUUUUAUGGGAUCCGGAGAGAUGGGGUCGCCCUACCUCAUUGCCUGACACAUCACAGGAUUCAAUCAAGUUUGUACAUGAAGUGAUUCUGGAAGACAAGAGCAAGGUAAAGGGCAUUCCUGCUGACUGCUCCAGGAUCAUGGUGUGGCACCUCUACAUGCGAAGAGUAAUUCCUCUACCCUUUCACCAUCAAAACAACGGUAGAUAAAUGAAAUGCCGGAGAUAAUGGUUUGUGUAUACGAGAGAAAUAUGUCAUUGUUAGUUCUGAUUUUAGUUCCUUUUCUUUUGGGGAAUGCUAAUUAAGCUCCUCUCAACAAUAUUAUUGAUCAUUAUUCUUUUUAUAUCGCUGCUGGCGCUUUGACAAUUAAGGGCAUUAGUUUCAAAUCCCUGCCACCAACUAAAUGUCAGGACAAGUUUUGAUGACCUACUCCGUUCUGUAUUUGUUUUCUUGAUUAAGUUGAAGAAACAAGAUCAGGAAGUGAUGUGAUGAAGGGGACUUCUUGUUCUAAUCUAUUACUUAUUAGAUUGUUAUUCACCAAA